GCUCUCCCUUUGCACCUCCUCCCAUCCAUCUCUCGUCCCACCCUCCCUCCUUGUCAUUCUCUCACUGCCUUUCCCUCCCCGCUAACUCGUGGAAGCAGAGACGUUGGAGCCGCUCUGCCCGGACACAUCGCAGGGUUUUCGGCUCGUCAUUGAGGAUGUUUUGGAGGUUGAUCAGAGUUGCUUGUUGCAGCAUCUUCCCUGACUGUCCGAAAUGUUUGUUGUUCUCAGAAUGAAAAGGGGAAUCAUCUAGGAUCAAAGUAAUGGCUGUCCAGGCUGGCAUCCAGGUGUGGUUUGGGGAGAAGUUCGACGCCCCCUCACUGAGCCCCAAGAGCCCUCGCAGCCCAUUAGUGCAGCGGCACGGCCCCGGCCUCACAGACGUCUUCCAGUAUGACCAGUGGUUGGCGGUGCGGCACGAGGCCACGCUGGUGCCCAUGCAGGAGGACCUGGCCAUAUGGCUCACUGGCAUGCUGGGAGAGGAGGUGAGAGCCGAGGUUUUCAUGGAGGACCUGAAUAAUGGUGUGAAGCUCUGCAAGCUUAUCGGUGUGCUGCAGACUAAGAUCGCUGAGAGCUGCCCCUCUGCACUUAGCAAGCUGUUUCCUACAAGGAAGGUAGCAUGCAAGCGGGAUGCCUCUCCAGGCUCCUUCUUUGCUCGCGACAACACCGCCAACUUCCUGGCCUGGUGCCGACACAUCGGUGUGGAGGAGACCUACUUGUUUGAGUCGGAAGGCCUCGUGCUGCACAAGGAGCCUCGACAGGUUUGCCUCUGUCUGCUGGAGAUCGGUCGCAUCAUCUCCAAGUACGGCGUGGAGCCUCCUGUGCUGGUGAAGCUGGAGAAGGAGAUCGAAAUGGAGGAGACUCUGCUCUUGACAGAGGAGCCGCCUCCGGCAGUCAAAACCUUCAGCGUGUGUUGCCAGCACGGCGGCCUCUACCAACCCGGGGAGCAUGACAUGGACAACCCACCCUGCAACUGCUCUAACAGAGUGUCCAUCGAGUACCUGUCUGAGGGGCGCUACAGACUCGGAGAUAAGACCAUCUUCAUUCGGAUGCUUCAUGGCAAACAUGUGAUGGUGCGCGUCGGUGGCGGCUGGGACACCCUCCGAGGUUUCCUGCUGAAAUACGACCCGCUGCGGGUGUUGCAGUUCACCACUCUGGAGCAGAAGAUCCUGGCCUUCCAAAAAGGCCCCCCAGGCCUCGGGGGUCAUCAUGGGAGUUCAGCUCCUCCUCCUGACAUGGACCCGCUCGCUGCAGUCACUGAUCUCAUGUCACCUUCAUCCUCCUCUUCAUCUUCUUCCUGUUCUACCUCUUCCUCCUCUUCGACUCAAGCCUGUAAGCCAGCAUCUGUGUCCGCCGUAGGUCAGACGUGUCGGUCCUACAACGCCUCUCCAGCCUGCACACCCACAAUGCCCAGGAAGGGUUCAGUGUGUGCGCCUAAGAAGAACCUCCAGAUGACUGGGUCCUUCCCCAGGAAGCCUACCCAGCUUCCUCUGCCUGUGCCCCCCAAAGGUUACUCCUCUAAGCCCCACACGCCUGUGGGAAGCACUCCCAGGCAGUCUCCUAGCCCUGGGUGUCAGGGUAGAGCUCUGAUUCCUGCCGCAGCUCCAUCACCUGCUGCUGUGGAUCCAAGCUCCACCUCCAAAUUGAAGCUCAGACCACCACCUCGCUGUGCCUCCUCUCAGCCCAGGAGCCCCGUCUGCCCUGAGCCAUCCUCCAAAUGUCCCAAACCCUCCAGCCCCAGCACCUCUCCCACCUCGGUCCCAGUGCUGCGCCCUAUCACUGCACCAGUACGGUCAGCUACCUCUAAAGACACCCGCCCUCCGUUGGGCGCCAGUCAGCGCUCCCGUCUAGCACAGCGCUGUCCCGGCUCCUCGGCUUCGCGCCUCCGUCUCGAGGCAGUGAAGCGAGCGAAGACGGCCUCAAGAGCUGCAACUCCAACUCCCAGAUCAGCAGCAACGACCCCUUUACAGUCCCGCACACCCACCCCCUGCUCACGGACAGCCUCUCCAGCACCGGCUAAACCUGCCUGCUCCCUGCCAAAAAGCAAGGAGGCCACAGUCAAAACUAAGGGACCGGCUGUCAACAAAGCAGCCGCCACCCCCUCACGCAGUACUGCCGACUCCCCCGGGCGGGUCCCAGGGGGCAACUCGGGCCCUUCCGCUUCCAGCAAAGCCAAUCAGAAAACAGCAGUCACAGCUCAGAGGGCAGGGCGAAAACAAGCAGCCGCAACUAACGCCAUCAAGCCGACUCUAAAACCGGAACUCACCCGGGCACCGCAAAACUCCUGCCCCAACAUCAGAGCUGUUAAAACAGAGCCCAGCAUCAGGAAGAAGGUCCCACAACUGAAAGGGAAAAGCGAGGAGCAUUAUUUUGAAAUGAGCAGUAAGAGGAGGCAGAAGACCUAACCAGCAGGCUGGUGGCACUCAGCUUUGUUCUGCAGAAAUCGUCAAUAAUCCUCAUGAAUUGUCAUUUUUGUCUAGUUUUUUCUGUGUUAUUUAAUUGUCUUUUUAUAUUGUGUUUUUAUUAAUCCAAAAGGGUCAAAGAUGCAUCGUUUGUGUCAUCUUUGUUCCGAUUCGCCGGUCUCUUCCAAGGUCAUUUCAUCGUACCUGAUUAACACUACGACUUGCACAAUGUUUACAUUUCUCACCUUUGUUGCACGUACAGCCAUUACAGAUAUAACAUUUUAUUAAUAAAAUCAAUACUCGAAUACUAACCUCAUCGUUUUUUGAACACAAGAACACCAUCAUGACUUAGUAGAAUGCACUUGAGUGAGGCGUUUGCAGGAUAAAGAUCAGUUUUUAUUGAUGGAGGGAUCCCGGGUAAGGCCCCUUCUGCCCCGUUUCCCUCAGCAGGUUACCAAAGUUGUGACAUUUUAUUCACCUCUGUGAGAAUUCCCGUUCCACUGGUGGACAGUCUGACCUAGAACUUGUUUUAUUUUGUAUAAAUAUCUAGAUAGGAGGUGACAUCAUUAUGAACAAUCCUCCCUGUUGUGUGCCUUCAUCAGAAAUCCCUUGUUUCUGGGUGGCAUUAGAAUGUAUUAGAUGUUGGAGGGUUAAAGUUUUUGUUUUUUUUUUUUUUUAAAUUUAAUAUAACUGAUUAAAA